UUCACACACACUCAACUUUUUCCUUCUUAGAGGAAGCUGCCAACAAGGAACUACGAGACUCUAUCCGUGUUUUACUAGUGCAGGAUUUCACAUCGUCAGUCGCUUGUCAUGCAAGUUCACAUCGCCAGCAUCCUGAUGUGCGGAGCCUCCGUGGUGCUGACCAUGUUUAAUGUAUCAGAGGAUCAGCCCUACUGCCCGCUGGGAUAUUUCCCCUGUGGAAACCUCAGCACCUGCCUUCCUCAAGUGCUGCACUGCAACGGCGUAGAUGACUGUGGAAAUCAGGCAGACGAGGAAAACUGUGGAGACAAUAAUGGCUGGCCACAUCUCUUUGAUAACUAUUUUGGCAUCCCCAGUAAUAACCUUGGAAACAAGUCAAACGCCUGCUUGCUCGGGACCGUCCCGGCUGAGUGCCAGUGCAGAGAUCUGGAGCUGGACUGUGACGGUGCACACUUUAAAGACGUCCCAGUGGUAUCCAUUAACGUCACCAUGAUGUCCCUGCAGAGGAACGGGCUGAGGAAACUAAACGCUGACAUGUUCUUGAAGUACCAGAGCCUUCAAAAGCUGUAUCUUCAGCACAACCGCAUUAAAUCAGUUCACCCGCAGGCUUUCAGAGGCCUUUACAAUCUGACCAGACUAUAUCUCAGCUAUAAUCGAAUCACAACCCUUCUCCCUGAUGUUUUCCAGGAUUUGCACAAACUAGAAUGGCUGAUUCUUGAGAACAACAGUCUUCAUCACAUCUCCUCUUUGACCUUCUCGGGUCUUCGCUCUCUUGUGCUGCUAGUGCUGUUGAACAAUGCUCUCACAAAGCUGGAUGAUAUCUGCCUGGAGAUGCCACGGUUAAAUUGGCUAGACAUUGAGGGAAAUAAGAUGGAGACGGUGGGAAACGUGACCUUCAGGUCAUGUAACAUGCUAACAGUGCUGGUCCUGCAGCGGAACCGCAUUAGUCGCAUCCACGUGCAAGCUUUCUCUCUGCUGCGGAAACUGGGAGAGCUGGAUUUGUCCAAUAACAGAAUCGAAGCGAUCCCGCCUGAUCUUUUCGUCAAUCUCGGAGACCUGCUGCAGCUGAAUAUUUCAUAUAACCCGAUCAUGAACCUGCGGGUGGACCACUUUGACAAGCUGCAUAAGUUAAAGUCACUGAGCAUUGAGGGAAUCGAAAUUGGGAACAUUCACAGACGGAUGUUUGAACCUCUCAAGAACCUGACUCACAUCUACUUUAAAAAGUUCCAGUACUGCGGUUAUGCUCCUCACGUCCGCAGCUGCAAACCCAACACUGACGGCAUCUCAUCUUUCGAGGACCUUCUGGCCAACAUCGUGCUGCGUGUCUUCGUCUGGGUGGUUUCAGCAACAACAUGCUUCGGCAACAUCUUUGUGAUCUGCAUGCGCUCCUACAUCCGCUCCGAGAACAAGCUCCACGCCAUGUGCAUCAUCUCUUUAUGCUGUGCGGACGGCCUGAUGGGUGUUUACCUGUUCAUGAUCGGCGCGUAUGACCUGAAGUUUCGCGGCGAGUACAAUCGUCACGCUCAAGCCUGGAUGGACAGCGAGGCCUGUCAGGUGAUCGGCUCUCUGGCCAUGCUGUCCACCGAGGUAUCGGUGCUGCUGCUCACGUACCUCACCCUGGAGAAGUACAUCUGCAUCGUGUACCCGUUCCGCUACCUGACGCCCGGCCGCCGCCGCACCGUCACCAUCCUUGUGGUCAUCUGGGUACUGGGCUUCAUCAUCGCCUUCCUGCCUCUUCUCUUUAAAGGUGUUUUCAGAAACUUCUAUGGAACCAACGGUGUGUGUUUUCCUCUGCACUCGGAGCAGCCAGAGACACUUGGAGCUCAGAUUUACUCCAUCGUCAUCUUUCUAGGUCUCAAUCUGGUGGCUUUUCUCAUCAUCGUGCUGUCUUACGGAAGCAUGUUUUACAAUAUCCAGAGGACAGGAACGCAGACCACCAAAUACAGCAACCACAUUAAGAAAGAGCUGACCAUCGCCAAGCGAUUCUUCUCCAUCGUCAUCACCGACUCACUGUGCUGGAUUCCCAUCUUCAUCCUCAAGAUUCUCUCACUUAUGGAGGUCGAGAUCCCCGGAACCAUCAGCUCGUGGGUGGUCAUCUUCAUUCUGCCCAUCAACAGCGCUCUGAACCCCAUCCUGUACACUCUGACCACGCGGCCCUUUAAAGAGACUCUUCUCCAGGUCUGGUCAAACUACAGGCAGAGAAGACCCCUGUUCAGCAGCCGGCCGCCACAUCUACCCUCCUUCACCUGGCAGGAGAUGUGGCCCCUGCAGGAGAACAGCCAGACCCUGUGCUCGCACCCGUCCGACAUCUCCAACACCACACACUUACUGCCCGUGGAGGCGUCCAACGGCACGUGAGGGCAUCAGACGGGCUCCUGGUAUCCCCCUUCACCUCACAGCCAGGGUUUCAUUCAGAUCGGACAUACUGCUUUAUUUUAAAUGUGUGUUGAUGUUUAUGUGCAGGAGAGCUGAUAGGCUGCUGAUCAGGAGUUUGUUAAUGGACCCUUUUCAUUAAAUGGUUUUGACAGCCAUCAGCAUCUUAAAGUCUUCAAAUGGAAGUUAAAAUUGUCCUUUUUUUCAAUAGUGACAUACAUUCACUUCAAAAGAAGUAGGGUGGUGCAUGAUCUCGUUCUUUGCAAACCGAUUGUAUUGUUGAAAGAUGGGUGUUGCCAACAAAAUAACGGAAGGUGGACGUAUGGACGAAUACAAAGAAGAAACGAGACAUGCCCUCAUAGCCCCGCCCUAAAUGACUGAUAGCCCCACCCUGAAGCACUGAUAGUCCCAUCCUAAGGCACUGAUAGCCCGCCCUAAAGAUUCCCCAGCCCCAAAUAACUUAGAACUGAGCCACAGCCAUAUGACCUUACAUAUUAUAUUAUCUACCUACCUAUCAUAUUACUGCUUUCUCACUGAAGCUGAGCAUGGCUGAGCCUGGUCAGUACCUGGAUGGGAGACCACAUGGGAAAACUAGGUUGCUGUUGGAAGUGGUGCUAGUGAGGCCAACAGGGGGCACUCAAACUGCGGAUGGUGGGAGUCCUAAUGCCCCAAUAUAGUGAAGGAGACACUAUUCUGUCAGUAAGCGCCGACUUUAGGAUGAGGUGUUAAACCGAGGUCCUGACUCUCUGUGCUUAUUAAAAAUCCCAAGGCACUUCUUGUAAAGAGUAGAAGUGUAAUCCUAGUGUUUUGGCCAAAUUUCCUCUAUGGCCCUUACCCAUCAUGGUCUCCCAUCCACUGAAUUGGCUCUAUCACUGUCUCUCCACUCCACCUAUAGUUGUUGUGUGGUAAGCGCACUGGCGCUGUUGUCCUGUGGCUGCCAUCGCAUCAUCCAAGUGGAUGCUGCACAGUGGUGGUGAUGUGGAGGCACCCCACUCCUCAUGAUUGUGAAGCACUUUGGGUGUAUGGUCAUACACGAUAAAUGCGCUAUACAAAUACACACAUUACAUUAUUACCUCGCCCUAAAGGACAGAUUGCCCCACUAUAAAUAACUGAUAGCCCCAGCCUAAAGGAAUUCCAAAUAACCAAGAAGGGAAGAAAGUUAUUUCAAGGGAGAGGGAAGGUUAUGGUAUUUGAUUAAAGUUUUUGAGGAAAAAAGUAAUUUUUACAAAAUAAUUAAGCGUAC